CAGCAUUCUUAUUCCAACUUGCACUAAUGCGAUCAAGCCUUCUUCAAAGUAACACCUGUGAAUAAAUAUUCAGUAAGAAUCCCUUCACAUACUUUAUGUGAGAGCGUCCACCAGUGUGCUUCUCCAAGGUGAUAACACCCUUUAUCAAAAUGCAUCAUUUCGUCAUCAUUCUCAUUAUCGUUACCACUGUACGCUGCGAUGUAUGUAAAUUAGGGAACCGUACUUUUGCGGAAGAUGAAAAAUGGGUUAUGGGCGGCUUCGUGAUGCAAUGCAGAAAAUGGGGUGGAGGUCACUGGGAAGCAAGGAUCGUGGCUUGUAUUUCAGAUCGCCAUGAGAUUCCUCUGAAUACGAGCAAAAAGUACGGAAGAGUGACGUACACUUGCACAAAGACGGGAAAUAGGGCCUUUAUACAUAAGAGUUGGUGGCCUUGUGAGUAGUACAAUAAACUUCUAUUAUGCUGGUAACAAA